AUUCAAUAAGACUUCAAGGUUGGCGCUUGAUAUGGGGUAACUUGAGGUUAGCUUUGUUUUCAGGCUUCACUAACUGUCGCUGUUGAAAAGCAAGUAAUGUUUCCCAGCAACUUAUGUUAACGAUGUUGGAAGAAAACUUCAUUUCCUCCGCACCUGAAAGGACCCUCGACCUAUCUACAAAUGAAUUGGAUUCUGUUGCAUACCCUAGGCUUUCAGGUUGUAUGGUGAAGAAUGAUGUUUCCGGUAAACUACUUAGUCCAACCAAACAGGUUAGGUUUCGUUCAAAUAUUACCGUGAGUUCUGUUGAUCCACCAGCUAAGGAACUUUCAACUCAUGAUUUUACUGAAGAUGACCUCGAUGAUUUGACUCUUAUAACGUCUAUGUCUUUCGCUAAUCCGAAUUCACCAGCACGCUUUCACUCUACCCAAGCAUCAUAUGAUACAUCAGUGUGGUUCGACCAUAAGUGGAGCAAGAUGUCUAGUCUUUCUGUGAAUACUGAAUACAGUCCACAAAACAAUUGCCCAAAUUUUCCAUCGCUUAGAACCAGCGACCACAUUCCACAGCAACCGUUAUCAUUGUCUUACAGUUCUGUAUAUAACUCUAGGAACUAUGGUGUAGACUUCAGAAGUUCUAAUGAUCAAGAGCCAAGGGAAGUACCUAGCUAUACAUUCAGUUAUUCUGAUAACCUCUCUUUGUCAAGUUUAACGGAAUUGGAUUCUUUAGAUGCAGACAUCAAAUACUCCUCUCAUGAUGGAUGUAGUAUUUCUGAUUUAGAUCUUUCUCAGCCAAAAUACAAUACAGCGAAAACCUUGAAGCGGGAGAUCAAGGAUUUGUCUUUGAAAAUCAGCAGUAAUUCAGAAAUGCCUGCUGAUGAAAUUCGUCUGGAAGCCGAGUGUAUUGUAAAUGAAGCUUGUCGGACGCGUCCAUUCGGAAAUGAUUCAAUUAAUCCCCUGAUUCUUAAUCCAAGAAUCACUGUGAAUAUACCAGAGCAUGAUAUUUUGUAUACAAAUCUUAUAGAUUUGUCAGUUGAUGAAUCAGAAAUAGUUCGUCUGGAGCGUCAACGAGUUGCUACCCAACGUAAAAUGUUGGAUGCACAACGGAGACAAAGUGCUAAAGACAAAGUUAUUGAACCGGAACCAGAUUUAUUGGAAUUUUUCGAUCCAAAUCGUCAUGUAUACCAGUCAGUCAAUUUACAGACCAAAGGAUUACCGAAUUUAUUGCCCAGUUUACACUGUGCUCCUAUGGAUUCUCUAAAUUCUCUCUAUGACAAGAUUACUUGUGAUUUCUCGUGUAUUCAUAAUGUCUAAAAUGAUGAAGGGGGAGGUAGUGGAUUUAACACUGAAAAUUUCUUUGUUUUUGUUUUCCUACAUUAGUUGCUUAUAUAUGUAGAGGAAGAUACCUUUCUCAUUUGUAUUCAAUGCGAAUGAAUUGAUUGUUUCAGUGUGAGACAUUUCUCUCUUAUUCAUUAGUUGUGAUUAUUCCAAAGUGUGUGUUGGUGUACAUUUCUUUGAGUCAACUGACGUCUUGUAUCUGCAUCAUUACGACUGUUUAGUGUGAAAGAUCCAUGAUAUAGAUUUUGAUGUCAGAUGCACAGUUAUAUACUGCCACAAAGAUAACGUUUUUACUGUGAUUUGAAAUUGAAGGGUGGAGAAAUCUAUCAAAUACAGUAUAGUAGGGC